UGGUGUGGCCAUGAUGACUGCUAUCACAACAGUAUUACACAACUGGAUAUCGUUAGUCUUCAAUGGAGAGAAUUAGAGCCAACUGAUGCAACUAGACCAGUUAUGAGGAGAGGUAGUGGUGGGAUCAUAUCAUUUGAACAUGAUGGAGUAUACCAUUUACUAAUGAUAGGAGGGUAUGGACCUAAACCAGCUGUACAACUACCUCAUUACAAAUAUAUUGAGUUAUCUAGUGGAAACUGGCGUACUAAUGAGCACUCAAUAUAUAGUCUAUCAUCAAGAAAAUGGAAUAAUCCUUUAAUUAUUGGUCAGUAUAUCACACCUGCUAACGAUUUCAUCAUUGAAAAGAUCAACAACACUAGAGCUGUUCUGUUUGGCGGAGUAGAGACUGAUGAUGAUGAUAAGACUACUGUUACUAAUAAUGUUUAUAUAUUAGAGAUCUCAGUCAGCACUGUGUUCUGGCAGUGUAUAAAGGAAGCUAAAGCAAUAGACCAAUGGCCUGUGGGUAGAUAUGGUCAUGCAGGUGCUAUUAUUAUAACUGGAUCAGACUGUCCUAUGCUAGUGAUAAGUGGUGGGGCAGAUAAGAAUAAUGAUACGUUAGAUGAUUAUUGGAUUUUUAACAUCACUCAACAUUCCUGGAUAAAGUUAGAUGUACCUCACUCUGUUAGUAAAAGAUUUGGUCAUUCUCUUUCAGUGUUCAUUAUGAGUCCUCAUUGUGUCUGGAUGAUAACUGCUGGAGGUUAUUUUGUUGCGAAUCCUAAAACUGUUAUGUUAACUGAACUAGUUACUAACAGUAAAGGAGAGUGGACAGUAGGUGAUAUAUUAGAUACCAUUGGUAUGAAUAAUGAAGAAUACAAGAAGAAGUAUCAGCAGCAACUACAGAUAGUAAGAAGAAUAUGGUUGGAGGAGUACCAGAAACCAAGAAAAGGAGAUACAGCCGAUAUUGAGCAAACUAUACAGGCUUUUAUGAAGAGUCUUGAAGAGAAGGAGAAAGAAGCACAAGUUUAUCGACAACAAUUGGAGCAUAAGGAAAGAGAAGAAGCAGAGAAAGAACAAGAAAUAAGAAGAUAUUGUCAUCAGCUACAGGAGAAGGAUAGGGAGUAUCAGGUGGCACUGCAAGAAAAUCAAGAAGCAUUACGACAGAAGAAUAGGGAGGUGCAGGAAAAGAAUUGGGAGCUACAGGAGAAGGAUAGGGAGCUACAGGAGAAGCAUAAGGAGUUACAGGAGAAGGAUAGGGAGCUACAGGAGAAUGAGGAGAAGUUACAACAACAGGAUAUUGUAAUACUUGAGAAAGAUAGGGACCAUCAGGUGGUACUGCAGGAGAAUCAGGAGGCACUAUGGCAGAAGGAUAGGGAGGUGCAGGAAAAGAAUUGGGAGCUACAUGAGAAGGAUAGGGAGCUACAGGAGAAGCAUAAGGAGUUACAGGAGAAGGAUACGGAGCUACAGGAGAAUGAGGAGAAGUUACGACAACAGGAUAUUGUAAUACUUGAGAAAGAUAGGGACCAUCAGGUGGUACUGCAGGAGAAUCAGGAGGCACUAUGGCAGAAGGAUAGGGAGGUGCAGGAAAAGAAUUGGGAGCUACAUGAGAAGGAUAGAGAGCUACAGGAGAAGGAUAGGGAGCUACAGGAGAAGGAUAGGGAGCUACGUCAGUCUCAAGAAGUAGUUCGUAGGUACCAGCAACAAGCACUCACUGAUGAUCACUGGGUUAUUAAUAAAGAUGAGGUGACUUUGACAAAGGAGGAGUUAGGAAGAGGAUCUUAUGCUGUCGUUAAAGUUGGUAUCUUUAGAGGUUUAAGAGUAGCUGUCAAGUCACUUCAUACUAUCAUCAUCUCCGAUUUUAAUUUAGCUCUCUUCUCCAGGGAAAUGAGUAUAGCAUCACGAGUACGUCAUCCUAACCUGGUCCAGUUUAUUGGUGCAACUAAAGUGGGUAAUCCUCUCAUCUUGACCGAGCUGAUGAGCACUAGUCUUAAUCAGGAGCUUCGCAGAAACCGAUUAACCAAUCAACAGAUUCUGAGUAUUGCUCAAGAUGUAGCUUUAGGCCUCAACUACCUUCACCUGUUUAAGCCUCAGCCUAUUAUUCACAGAGAUGUGAGCAGUCCUAACGUGUUAUUAAAGCCUUGCACUGGACCUGCUGGUUAUGAAGCUAAAGUAGCAGAUUAUGGUACAGCAAAAUUAGUACAAGUUGACAGUACUGGUACUAUUAUGCCAGGCAAUGUUGCAUAUGCUGCACCAGAAGCUCCUAUUCCUGAUCAACACAGUCCAGCAAUGGAUGUCUACAGUUACUCUGUUCUCCUUAUGGAAAUGAAUUUGUACUCUCCCCCAGAAAUGACGACAGCAGAGAGAGAAGUACAAUCUGGUAGUGUCUCCUGGUCUGAUAUGAAGUCUCUCAUACAAAGAGGACUUAAUGCUAGUCCUAGAGCUCGUCCUACUAUGGCUCAAGUAAUAGAGUCAUUGAAAAAGAUGAAGAUUUGAUUAAUUGUUGUAUUUUUGAUAUUCUAAUUAUUACUGGCUGCCUUUUAGUUAGUCUUCUAUUAUUUUGUGUAUUGUAAUCUAACCAAUAUUGUGAUUACUCUCUUAUCUUCUCUUAUUCUUAUUUUUUGCUUUCAGCUUUGGUAUCUUUCUUUAUUUUCAAUACUUUUAACUUUAAAUU